UAUAAUUAAUAAGUGUUAUAAAAUUUAUGAUAAUCAGGAAACCAAUUACUAUUUCAAUUAUUAAGAAUACAUUGGAAAAUUUCAAUAAGCUUCGUAUAUUUUACGAACCGUUUUGGAAAGUACACAAUGUUACUGUUAUGUCUUUGUGUUCUUUUAAUUUAUGUACCAGUCAACUUCGGCGCUUCUUCAGAUAACGAUAUCCACCACACAUUAUUUGGACAAUUGGCAACCUUUCAAGACCUCUUCAUAAACGAUACAAACAAAGACCCAAAAACCAGACGAAAAUAUGACGACGAUACUGAUGACGAUAAAGAGGACUUGGACACAUUAGAUAUAGAAAUACCAGACGUAUUCCAAUUCCCUCGCGUGGGUGUGGGCUCUACGAAGUACAUCUUCGAUAUGUAUGACUAUCAUCUCAUUAACGACCAAUAUAAAAACUUCACAAAGGAAUUUUCAAACAGAACAUCGGCAUCGGGUAGAAGAGCCAUUACGUUUCACGAACAUGACACGAAACUCCCAAACAAUAUUAUAGAACAGCAUAAAAAGGGUCGGAUGGUGAAUUUGCUGGUUCAGUUCCUAAUGCACGCAAAGUAUGAAUUGGGGAAGGCAUUGACGCAGCGUGAAGUGAUCAGGAAAGACAAGCGGUACCAGCUGGGCUACUUGUUCAAUAGACUGCGUCGCCUGAAGACCGAACUGUUUAAGAUGGUGGGCGUCUCUUACAACCAGAAUAGGAUACCAAAAUUUUAUAAAUACUACACCGUGCGGAACCUGAUGCGUAGCUACGAGAGAGUGGUCCACUUCGACAUCGACAUUAGAGACACUUGCGACCUCAUCAAAGAAGUUUUCUCUGUACCUAAAUUCUAUGACACUUACGGUGCUAAGAAGGAGGAUGGCGAUAAGGAUGGUGAUAAAGAUGGGAACAAGGAUAAGGGCGGUCCGAAAUGAUAAAAGGAACUAAAUAUACACAUUGGUCGACGAAUAUCUUGUUGUAAUGUACCAUAAAAAAAUUA